AUGUCAUCUUCAUUUCCUGGAUCUUUUCCCAUCUCACAAAAGAAUAAAGCUCUAAUUAAACCAACAUCAAGUAAAAGAGUCAAUGCUAAAUUAAACUUCAAAACUAAUCUAUCUAAAAUAAGAAAUUAUUUUCAUGGUCAAUCCUCAUUUUGGAGGAAAAGUAAAGAUGCAUCAUCAGUUACAUUGAAACAACAACAUGGAAAUACAAUAGGAAGUCUCAUCAACGUGACUGUUCCUAUUUCAAUAUCCAAUACAACUCAUUACCAUGGUGGUAGUCAUGGCAGCAGCAGAACCAUCACCACUCUAAUACAACAAUGGGUUAUUUUAUCACCAUUCCAAAUCUAUGGAUUUAUGUUUCUUUUUGCAUUUUUAUUAUUCGUUAUCGCAUUCGGUAUAUUACAGAUACAUAGAACUAUUUCUAUUUUACAGAUCGCCGCAAAUGGAAUUCGUUAUACUUUAGUUGCUAAUCAUGGUGAAAUAGCGAUUCGAAUGAUAGCUGCUGCAACAGAAUUAGGAGUCCAAACUGCAGCUGUUUAUUCAGAAUAG